UUAUAUUUUUAUAAAACAAAUAGCAACACGGUAAAGUAAUGAAAGUGUUAAAUUAUUAUACAAAAUAACAUAAAUUGAUAAUAUUUAAAAAAAAUAUCAGUUAAAAAUUUCUUUUCAACAAAAAUUAACCAUCUCAAAAUGACUAGUAACGAAUUUAAAUUAAUGAAACAAGGAGCCGAAGGUAAAAUUUACAAUGGAUUGUACCUUGGAAAACCAACAAUAAUGAAAGAACGUUUUCCAAAAAGUUAUCGACAUAAAGAUUUAGAUACACAAUUAACAAAAGAUAGAAUAAAAGCUGAAGCAAGAGCAAUUUUACGUUGUAAAAUGGUUGGAAUUCUAACGCCAUGUAUAUAUUUAGUUGAUUUUGAUCGUCGUCGAAUAUAUAUGGAACAUUUUGUGAAUAGUAUAACAGUUAAAGAGUUCUUAUAUAAAAUUGAAUCAAAUUCAGACAUUGAUCAUUCUAUAUUAAAACGAUUGGGCACUCUUAUUGGAACAAAUUUAGGAAAAAUGCAUGCCAAUAACAUAAUCCAUGGUGACUUGACAACAUCGAAUAUGCUGCUAGUGAAUAAAAAUAACGAAAAUGUUUUCGAUGAUUUAAAUAACUUAAAUUUAUCCUUGAUUGAUUUUGGAUUGGCGCAUGUUGAAUCUAGUGCCGAAGAUAAGGGUGUUGAUUUGUAUGUACUGGAAAGGGCAAUGCUUAGUACUCAUCAAGUUACGGAUAUUAUCCUUCCAAUUAUAAUUAGCAGUUACAAGAGUACGAAUAAAAAAGGUUUUGAUGAAGUUAUGAGAAAAUUUGAAGAAGUUAGAGCUCGUGGACGAAAACGUACGAUGGUUGGGUAAAUAACUUUAAAAGUAUCAAUGUUUACAAUUAUAUCAAAAUAAAAUGGUAUAGGGAUGUAGUAUAAAGUCCAAUUUUAGACGAGGCGGUGUAUCACUAAGGGGGGGGAAGCAAUGUGCCUACUUUUGAUUGGCUGCGGCUCUCAUUUGCGGGAAAAUUCAAAUAGAACGAUAAUACUGUGUGUGUUUAAGAUUUUAAUAUUUCUAUAUCCAUGGUUUUACAUUGCCUCAAGUAAUAUGCCUGCUUUUGAUUGGUUGCGGCUGUUCGCACACUCAAUUGCGGGAAAAUUUUAAUGGGUCGCGAAUUCUGCGUGUGUUGUAAAUUGGUCCGAGCAAAAAAUCUUUCUAUUUAAAGUAAAAUCUUUUAC